CGGCGUCGCGCUCGGCCUGCUAACGCAAUCGGGCUGGCCGGGAAACUGCGGCCGCGCACUGCCUGCACGAAAGGGAUGUCGCCGUGCGCUCCGGUCGCCGCACCGUCGGAGCGCCUGUUUGCGGCCUCCGCUGCUCACGCUGCUGCCGCCGCCGCCGCGUCCGCUUCGGUUCCUUCUGUUCAUCGCUCGUGCGGUGAGCGCGUCUGAGGACGGCUUGCCGCCGCAUCCGGUGACGCUUAAGCACACGCAUGCACGCACACACCUGUGAGCUCAACACCUGAGUUCCUCGCUUCCGGAUGUGAAGCUGUGCUUCGUUGCUCAAGUCCCCUGCGUGGAAUUUCGCUUCCCUUUCGUGAUCGUCGACCCGGCCGCCGGAAUCGCCGCAUCUAAGUGUGCGUCGUCUAGUUUGCCGAAAUACUGAAUCAGUCAACGGGAAAGCAGCGAAGUUAUCCAAGUUUGUUUUCCGGGCGAGCUUGGUCCUCGCGCUGCAUCCAGAGGCGACUCAUCUGAUCUCAGGCUUGGCACUGACGCAGUCGUGCAGCCCAACCGGAACCGAUGAGUGAAGCAGUGCGGUUCCUUCCGCACCGCCGUCCUCUCAGGAGGCUGCAAUCCUCGCAUCGCGACGACGCUUGGGACGCAAGUGCAAUGGCGGAAGGCCCCAGCCAGCGAUCGCAUGGCCUGUGAUCCGGGGCGGCGGCGAACGGCUCCUGGAACGGCUCGUUCAUGGGGAGCGCUGCGGUGACGGCGGACACAAGAUGCUUCCAGUUGUAACGCUCAUUGAAUGGCUAACGUUGCUGACAUUACAAGCAAGGGCUGUUCUGGGCAUCUGCCACAUGGAGUUCGACAGCCUGGCAAGCAAGUCUGGCAACUUCUCGUCGCCUCAGUACCCAGAGCCCUACCCGGCGAGCAUCCACUGCUACUACCUCUUCAAGGGCCAGGAGUCCGAAACGCUCAAGAUCACCUUUCUGCAUUUCGACCUCGAGCCACCGUUUUCCAAGGGGUGUCUCAACGACUUCGUGGACAUCAGCACCAUAAGCGUGACCAACGUGCGGCAGCUGGUCGGACGGUACUGCGGUGUCGAGGUUCCCGUGCCGCUUCUCACCAUGAAGCCGCGCAUGGAGAUCAUCUUCAAGACGAAUCACGCCCACGAGCGCACUGGAUUCUUCGGCAUGUUCCAGUUCACGGACGAGAGUUUCAUUCACCCGCCGCAAUCCACGCGAAACGUGACCGGUUGUGGCGGCACACUGACUGGCGUGGGCGGUGACCUGGUGUCUCCGGGAUACCCGGAGACCUUCCCCAAGGACGUCGACUGCACCUGGCUCAUACGCGUCGACUAUGACAAGCACAUUUAUAUCCGCGUCCUAGAGCUCCAGCUAAAGGGCAGCAUUGCGAACUGUGGCGAAGCGGAGCUUGCCAUUUUCGACGGCUACUCGAAUCUGAAGGUGAAUCCUGUACAGCUCAAACGUUAUUGCGGAGAUCUCAAAUACUAUAAGAAUACUGACGAGAAAACUGAGCUGUCCAAGAGGAACCGAAUACUCGUCAGAUUACGAACCACCGUGGCAUCCCCUAUCAAGCAGCCAGGGCAGAUAAUAGGAUUUAAGCUUGUGUGGACGGCUGUAACCUUUCAACCAAAAGACGUCUGCAAGGAGUACACGUGCCCCAAGAGCCAGUACUGCAUGAACUCGGAAUCCCGCACUUGCACCGAGACGAGGGAGUAUUGCAUCGACAGGUCGCUGGUAUGCGAUGGACUGCCCAACUGUAGUGGUGAAGACUUCAGCGAUGAAGAUAAGUGCAACCUACCCCUGCUGGCGGGCUGCGGAGCCGGCGCCGGCGUGGUCCUGCUGUGCGCGGUCAUCGCGGUGAUUCUGUGCCGACGCCAUUCUCGCCGAGCCGGCCAGGCAUCGCGGAGCCUGUCACUGCCGCUCCGCGAGCUCGAGCACAGCCCUACGUGCGCCGUGCGGCAGACGCCCUUCCUGCCCGAGCUCAACUGCAGCGUGCACCGGCCGCAGCACCUGCCGGGACCCGUGCCGCCGGCGAGGCCGCCCCCGUUCGCCAAGCCGAGGCGAUCGCCAACCGACGUGUAGAACCAAAGUGGAGGGGACAGUUCGGCUCGCGGAGCAAACGCUUCUACUUCACCGCGUAUCGUGAAUUAACCCCCUAGCAAGCUUCUUUUCUUCUGUAUUACUUUACGACGUGGUUCAGCGAAGAAGUUUUGCGCCGGAGUCGUGAACUAGUGUUAACAGCGGCGUCGAGAAGCGCGCACGUUCGACGGCUCCUGACAACGCGGAGCAGCCCAGCGCGUCGGCGUCGCGCACUCCGAAGGUCGCUUUCGACGUCAUCGGCCAACCCCGCACGUGACAACGCCGGAACUCGCCUAUCGGUGGCUCCGAUUAUGGCGUGCGAGCCGAGAUAGCGACCUUCGCAUGACGUGCAGUGAGGCAAAGAUCUUUCGUGUCGACUUGCGGGAUGCGUACGCCUGCCUAUACGUCCAGCGUGCGAACAGUGACGUCUUCGUGGGAAUCCUAGAACGACGAUAUCACAGGAAUCGACGAUUGCUGGCCGUGAAAGCUGUCAAAACUUCUGGCAGCCGCACAAUUUGAGCGCAUAUAGUAUAAUAGGGCUGCACCAGAUUCUUUUAUCACACCAUGUGUUGUUUUCGACUGUGGCUAAAUUUCUCACUGGCAUAUUGGCAUAUUGGCUGUGAAGCAAACAAACGGGAGAGGAUAAUCUGGUUUAUCUUGCGUGUUUCAGUUAAACUUAAACAAUGCUCUGUGUCACUCGUAUUCAGAUAACGAGGAGGUUGUUUGAGGUAUAAGGAGAGGUAAUUUGCCGAGGAGCUGCAGCUGAUUAAGGAUACCUUUUUGACACCAGUGGCAACACGCCAGUUGCAGCAGCAGGAGCGGCAUGUAGCGGCAGCAACUAAUUAGUACUGUUCUUUUUAUAAUGACAAAAGAAUGAGCCGCGUUGAAGUGCCAAAGUGAAGUCACCCGUUUUCGUACGAUAAGGCAGAUGAUUACUGCGUUUUGCCUAAGCACUCUCUUUCUUCAAAUUCGCGUGUGCUCAUUUAGCUAGGAAUGGAAUCAAGGCAGCAUGAACGCUUUCCUUGCUAGUUAUUUGUAUGUAAGGAUUAGUUACCUUUGGAAAAAUUAUUUAUCGCGCUGCAACUUUUAUUGCACCCAGUUUCUUCAUUACAUACAUGUUAUAUAUGUAAAAAAAAAAGAACAACAUGACCAUAAGUCCUAAACCUAAACAAUUGUGUUUCAAUCUCCUUAGCUGAUGAGAACUCUAGGCUCGCCGGGAAUCCAUGACCACAAAGAAAUACAAUUAUUUCAUGCAGCGAGAUUCAAGAGCAAAUAAUUGAACCGGACGCUUCGUACAGCUUUAAUUACUAUUUAAUUAGCGAGCUUAAUGGCCCAUUUCGGAUUUAUUGACCACCAAGAAGUGGAAGCAGAAAAUUUCAGAGGACGUCUCGAAAUCAAAGUUCGUGACUUGCCCACCGGUAUACCAAAUAGGAAACGCCGCAGAAACAAUUAGCAUUUUGCAUAGAACCAACAUCCUCUUUCUUGAAGCAGAGUGCCCCUCCCACUGCUCGAGCAUGUCACGCGAUGUGGCGUGUGAUCAGUGACGCCAGGUAUCAUAUGGGCAGCAGCCGUGUUUUACAGAGAGCUGCUACGUAAAUGAGCAGCCUUUUUUACAAGAGACUCGGCUAGGGAGGCCAAGACUCUACCGCUUCGCUUCGCUGAAAACGGGCUGCAAUACUGCUGAGGUAGCGCUGUCUAACGACUAGAGAUACUCCGACAUGCUUAUCGUGCCUGUUGUGAUCACCAAUUAUUGCCGUUUGUAGGUAGGCAGCAUAAGUACCAUAAUAUUAGGCACAAUAGAUUACAUAAUACAUGUUACGCGAACAAUACAGACGCAAGAAAGGCAGUCUGUAAGGGCGUAUCUCACACUGCCGAAUUCCCUCAAACCCUUCCGGAUGUUUGUGUUCGCUGCAUAUUAUACACUGUUCGCCCGUGGUUGGCGUGACUAUGUUGUGUAGGUGCUUGCAAUAAGGCAGGCUUUUGAGAUGUAUGGAAAGAAAAAACCUAGCUGGGAAACAUUGAUGCUAUCGAUUCGACUCACCAUGACCGUAUGCAAAUCAACUCCAAUGCUGUCCACUCGCAAAUCUGCAAACUAGUUUGUCAGUGUCUGCAAAUGCAUUCUCCUUUAUUUCGAGAGUCUGCAUCUUAUAUUUAGGAAAAGAGCACGCCCAUGUCUUCAUGAAUGUUCACCGGUAUAAACAUUUCCUCAAGCUUGGAUCAUUGUUAGCGUUGGCCCAAAGGGGCGUAAAAUGUAGCAUACGCUAUCCCUACUUACAAUGCCGACAUUCCUACAAUGCUACAAUGUUAUUCCUACAAUGCUCCACAUUGUGCGGUUGCACAAUGCGGAGCAUUGAAGCAAACAACACCUAAUUUUCUAUGAUUGAAUUAAAGUGUGAGGUUGUAGUUUCUAAAAAUCAAGAGUUCAGACUUCCGACGAGUCCAUCAGUGCCAUAUGACAGAGCAUGGAGGAGAAAUAGGUAGUCAGGCGCUCGCGAGCACAAAGCAUGACAUCGUGGAAACUACCGUAUCGAAGGCUGUCCUCAUUCUGAGCGCAACAAAAUUGCAGAGCGCUUGUUAUCUGCUGGCGAUACAAGCCGCCAAGUGGUCUCAAUGACGUUUGGCACAAACAAGUGGGCGUGAAAGAUAGACAGGUAGGCAGAGACAUUGUCUGUCUUGCAACACACUCACAGACUGCUAACCACUUUGCACUAGUUUUCGCAUUGUUCGUCAUGUCGAACGCCAGCCGGCUGUGCCAGCUACCCACUCGCACGGAAGUAAAAAGCCAAGCCAGAGUUAGUCCUCAGCGGGAAUCGGUAAUCGAAAUUUCUGCAUUAGCAUCAGCUUGCACCCUCUCUUGUACGACUGGAGAGCGAUGCGGUAGUCUGAUAAGGAACAUGAAUUGUGGGACGCUGAAGAGAAUCACCCAAAGAGAAAUUUUUGCACUAACUCAUGCUUUCAGUGAACUAUUUCGUCGAUUUCGUCUCUUAAGCGGCGCCAAUUAAAUAGUUUUUUUUUUCAAUUUGCACGAACAGUAAUGAAAUUUUAGGUAUGUUGACCCAGACAGGCAGAACAAGAGCGCGUCGUCCCAAAAAGCGGCACCGAAUUGUGUCUGUAGGAAAGUUGGACUAGCAGCAGGGAUGUGCUGUUCUGG